AUGAAAAUAGUUAAUGAACUGGCUCGUCCAAUUGCUAUAACAUUGGAUGGUGUACGGUUAGGCUGUGCUGUUUAUGAUGAUCUUGAACGAGAUGAUGGAAAACCAAAGCAAACAAUUAAAACCGGUGCUUCUAUUGUUGGUGGAUGGACAGGUGGUAUUGCAGGAGGAAUGGGAGGAGUUGAAGCAGGUGCAGCUUUUGGACGUUCUAUAGGUACACUUUUUGGUGAUGUUGGAGUAAUACCAGGUGCUGCUAUUGG